AGGGCUCCGGAGGCGGAAGCGGCCAGUGAGUCAGUCAGUGCCGGGGGAUGAGGUGAGGGAGAGGCACCGAGAGUACGACCGACUGUACCGCCCGCAGCCGCCGCUCCUACGGCUCCGACCCCCUGACAUCCAGCGACCCCACCGCUCCCGAUACACUCGCAGCCAUGAUGGAGGAGAUAGACCGAUUCCAGGUGCCCACAGUCCGCUCUGAGAUGCAGCCCCUGGACCCCGCGGCCACUGCCAUUUCUGAUGCCGACUGUGAUACCAGAGAGGGGGAGACCGUGGCCAUGAACUACAAACCUUCUCCUCUCCAAGUCAAGUUGGAGAAGCAGCGGGACAUCGCAAGGAAGGGGCCCCUAAAGAAUGGAAACGUGGGGAGCCCUGUCAAUCAGCAGCCUAAAAAGAACAACGUCAUGGCACGGACCAGACUGGUGGUCCCUAAUAAAGGCUAUUCCUCCCUCGACCAGAGUCCCGAUGAGAAGCCUCUUGUUGCUUUGGACACAGACAGUGACGAUGACUUUGAUAUGUCCAGAUAUUCGUCCUCAGGUUACUCCUCCGCUGAGCAGAUCAACCAGGACCUGAACAUCCAGCUGCUGAAGGACGGCUAUCGAUUAGAUGAGAUUCCUGAUGAUGAGGAUCUCGACCUGAUCCCCCCAAAGUCUGUGAACCCCACAUGCAUGUGCUGCCAAGCCACCUCCUCCACUGCCUGCCAGAUCCAGUAAUGAGGGGCCCCUGCUUCCCACCAUAACUCUAAUACCCAACAGCCAUUGCUUCCUCCUAUGGUAGGACAUGCACCUGUUUGUUUCUCGGAGCCAGAGAACCCCAAAACCCAUUCGCUGCAUCUGCGUCGCUCACACACUGGGGCACGGGCUGGUGGGAUGGGCCUACAGGCAUCACCAUGGGGUCAUUUGGGGGGGGCUAGUAAUGGGGGUACAUGCAAAGCUAAGAGAGGCUGGAUCCUUGGGGGUGGGACUUGUCUGUCUGAGUGGCACUUUCAUCUCAGCGUUUGUAACAAGUGCCACCCAAGGGGCAUUAGUAGGGACCACGGAGAAGGGCAUUAUGUCUUCAGCCUAUUCAGUAGCCUGGCUCCGCCUCCUUCCAUUAACCCUGUCUCUACCUUCAUAGUGACGUUAGAUUUGCACCAUGCCACAGGCAUAACUAGUUAUCCAAGUGCCAUGCUGUGCCCAGACAUAACUAGCUGGUCAUGUGUGGUGCUACGUCAGACACAACUAGUUACCCAAGCACUGUGAUAAGGUGUCAUUACUAGUUAUGCAAGCAAGAUGUGAUCAGAUAUUACUAGUUAGCAAAGUGCUGGGUUGGGGCCAGACAUAACUAGCUAGUCAAGCACAAAGCCCUAGCCAGACUUAACUAGUACAGCCAGACAGAACUAGUACAACCAGACUUAACUAAACUAGUACAACCAGACAGAACUAGUACAACCAGACUCAACUAAACUAGUACAGCCAGACAGAACUAGUACAACCAGACUCAACUAAACUAGUACAGCCAGACAGAACUAGUACAACCAGACUUAACUAAACUAGUACAGCCAGACAGAACUAGUACAACCAGACUUAACUAAACUAGUACAGCCAGACAGAACUAGUACAACCAGACUCCACUAAACUAGUACAGCCAGACAGAACUAGUACAACCAGACAUAUCAAACGAAUCUGCUCUCAUUGCCAUCUGUAUAUAAGUGAGGGGAUUAAAUCUGUGGAACUCAUAAUGGCUCCCAUUAGCCCAGCAAGACUUCUACUAGCCCAGUGGCACACAGUAUGGCGGUCUCUCCAGUCACACACUGUACUGCUUGUCCCUCAUUCACUAGGGGCCCUCAAGGGGGAAUAUAGGGGAGUGGGAGCCACUGUGCUGUGAUCAUACUGUAAGAGGAAGAAGCCCAGUACCUUGUAGCCCUUUAUACUCAUGUGCUUGCCUCAUACCCGGCUCUUGUGGCUAGAAGCCUGGCAGGCUGAUGGGCACUGGCAGUGGUUUGUGGUGGGGCAAAGGCAGAGGGUAGAACAAGUAGGAAUUGCCCACCAGAGCAGAUCAGGGGACCUUCCCAAGUCUCCUUUUACUGGUGUCAAGUGGAGCCCCUGGGCCUCUUCUCUCUUGGGCACAGACUGGGCUCCCAAGGACCCCACAUUCUACAGAAAUGACUCCUAUAACCAGGUUUCAGAGACGCAUCCAACAUUCAAUGACAUCCACAUAACAUAGACCAUAAUAACCCCAACAAAUACACUCCCCUGAUAUUCCCAGCAUUCCCUGAUACUCCCAGCAUAUAGACUCCCUUGAUAUUCCAGCAUUCCCUGAUAUUGUACACUGCUAUAGAGCGUAACCCCUUAAAACUCUUGUAGCCCCCAACUCUCCUCCACACACAGGCCCAGGUCAGAGCCGCACGUCUCAUUCUCCCGGUUCUUGUGAUCCGUUCCUGCUCAGGACUGACCCCUGGCACCCCAGAGAGACAUAGAGAGGGGUACCAUGUGCCCCUUCUCCCUGGCAUUAGCCUUCAGUCUGUGCCCUCCAACACACACUUCUCCCUGGCAUUAACCUUCAGUCUGUGCCCUCCAACACACACUUCUCCCUGGCAUUAGCCUUCAGUCUGUGCCCUCCAACACACACUUCUCCCUGGCAUUAACCUUCAGUCUGUGCCCUCCAACACACACUUCUCCCUGGCAUUAACCUUCAGUCUGUGCCCUCCAACACACACUUCUCCCUGGCAUUAACCUUCAGUCUGUGCCCUCCAAAACACACACUUCUCCCUGGCAUUAGCCUUCAGUCUGUGCCCUCCAACACACACUUCUCCCUGGCAUUAACCUUCAGUCUGUGCCCUCCAACACACACUUCUCCCUGGCAUUAACCCUCAGUCUGUGCCCUCCAACACACACGUAUCCCUGGCAUUAACCUUUAGUUUCUACCCAACAUGAUGGGCACAUACAGCCCUGACUGGUGUCUCUGUGCCACUGGCCAAUGAUUUUGCCCAUAAUUCUGCCCCCUCAGCUCAGAGCAGGGGUAUUGGAAGAGAAGCUGCUAAUCUGGGCCAUUCUUGCUUCCAUGAGUAGUGGCACUGCCGUAGCCCAGUGGUCCCGUGGCUAAUAAUUUAGGAUAUAGAUAUUGUGCCAGUUGCACCAUAUAGUAUUUAUUUGCACACUUGUGCCAGGGGCCACAUUACCUUUGCCCUGUUGCACUUACAAUAAUGUAGGAUUUUGCUUCAAGCCCUCCAGAGAAUGAGGUGGGUGGCACAGCCGGACCCUCUGCUCCUGGGGGGUUGAGCCCUUCUCUGCCAGUCUUGCCCGUAGGCAUUAGAGACUCGUGUAGCAUGGAAGUGGGUACCCGGCCUGUCUGUUACUUUAUGUUUAUUUAUUUGAGAUGAAGAUGUGAAGUUUCCCUUUGGGACAUGAGACACGUAUGAUAUUUUGUACCAUUUCCAUGCAGUAUUUAUCCAUGUUCUUGGUGUGUAGUGGAACUAUAUUAAAGGCAGAACCAUCA